CUCUCUUUUCUCUUUUAUUUUCUUUCCCUGAUUUUUAGUUGGAAGAAAUUGGAAAAAAUUAAAGAAAGAAAAAAGAAAAGAAACGUUUUUAUUUCUUUUCCUUUCGCUUUUGUCCAGCUCGCUCUUUCAAGAUCCCUACAACAAACUGUUGAAAGCUCAAACAGAUCACAAAAUAUUGCACUACAUUUGGUCUAAACAAUAGUCUUCUUGAUCAGUGGCCCUAUUUUCUACAAGGAAUUAGAUUUUGUUUUCUCUUUGGCUGGUGAAGAGGGAGAAUUGUGAUUAUAUUGUGUUAAAAUCUGUAUUUGUGUACUAUUGGGCUAGAUGUUUUGUUGUCUUGAAUGGGUUUUAGUUUCUUAUAGAUACUAAGUGGAUUGAGUGUAUCUUAUUACUGAAAAUACUGGUCAGGCCUGGCUCUGGAGAGCUACUUAGACUCUUGCCACCAGGGGGCGGUGCCUGCCAUGGCACCUUCUCGUGUGGCUUUAGCCCAAUCUUCCUCAAGUUCAGGAAUUUUCUUCCAGGGGGAUGGGCAGUCCCAGGCUGUAGUUAACUCUCAUUUGACCUCAUCGUUUGGUAACUCAUCCAAUUCCAUUCCCGGAACUGGGCGUCCCAAUUUGGGUCCGGUUUCUGGGGACAUGAAUAAUGCGGUUUUGAACAGCGUGGCAAACUCUGGACCAAGUGUUGGGGCAAGUUCUUUGGUGACAGAUGCAAAUUCAGCACUUUCAGGAGGUCCCCAUUUGCAGAGAAGUGCAAGCAUUAAUACAGAGUCAUAUAUGCGUUUGCCAGCAUCUCCUAUGUCCUUUACAUCGAAUAAUAUCAGCAUUUCAGGGUCCUCAGUUGUCGAUGGGUCGUCCGUAGUACAGCAGGGUAAUCAUCAAGAUCCAAGUGCACAGCAAGUCCAGCAGACUCAGCAACAACAAGGGGCCACAAGUGCUUCAUCCCUGCCUGCAUCACAAACUCCACAAGCUUCUCUUUCAAUGGGACCACGAGCCACUGGAACCUUCCUACAGGACCCUAAUAAUCUAUCCCAGGUGCAAAAGAAACCUAGAUUGGAUAUCAAACAGGAAGAUAUCCUACACCAACAAGUUUUGCAACAACUGCUUCAGAGACAGGACAGCAUGCAAUUGCAGAGCCGAAGUCCGCAGCUACAAACCUUGCUUCAUCAACAGAGACUGAGGCAACAGCAGCAAAUUUUCCAAUCUAUGCCACCAUUGCAGAGAGCCCAGUUGCAGCAGCAGCAGCAACAGAUGCAGCUGAGGCAGCAAAUGCAACAACAGGCAAUGCAGCCAGCAUCUGCUAUCAAGCGUCCUUAUGAUGGAGGCAUAUGUGCGCGCCGGUUGAUGCAAUAUCUGUAUCAUCAGCGACAAAGACCAGCUGAGAAUUCUAUUGCCUACUGGAGGAAAUUUGUGGCAGAAUAUUAUUCACCUCGUGCAAAGAAAAGAUGGUGCUUGUCAUUAUACGACAAUGUUGGGCAUCAUGCACUAGGUGUUUUCCCUCAGGCAGCUAUGGAGGCAUGGCAGUGUGACAUUUGCGGCUCUAAAUCUGGAAGAGGAUUUGAGGCCACUUUCGAAGUACUUCCUAGACUUGAUGAAAUCAAAUUUGGCAGUGGUGUCAUCGAUGAGCUUUUAUUUUUGGACUUGCCAAGGGAAUGUAGAUUUCCUUCUGGAAUAAUGAUGCUAGAGUAUGGAAAAGCAGUGCAAGAGAGCGUAUAUGAGCAACUUCGGGUUGUCCGUGAGGGUCAACUUCGUAUCAUAUUCACACAUGACUUGAAGAUUUUGUCUUGGGAAUUUUGUGCACGGCGUCAUGAAGAACUUCUCCCACGAAGAGUGGUUGCGCCACAGGUGAAUCAGUUAGUUCAGGUGGCACAGAAAUGCCAGAGCACAAUUGCUGAAAGUGGAGCUGAUGGGGUUUCUCAGCAGGACUUGCAAACAAACAGCAAUAUGGUCUUGACUGCUGGGCGUCAGCUUGCAAAGACUUUGGAGUUACAGUCUCUAAACGAUUUGGGUUUUUCCAAAAGAUAUGUCAGAUGUCUGCAGAUUUCUGAGGUUGUCAACAGCAUGAAGGAUCUGAUUGAUUUCUGCCGGGAGCAAAACGUUGGGCCGAUAGAGGGCUUGAAAAGUUAUCCUCGGCAUACCUCUGUAGCCAAGCUCCAGAUGCAAAAGAUGCAGGAAAUGGAGCAGCUAGCAAAUGUUCAAGGCUUGCCAACUGACAGGAACACCCUUAAUAAGCUGAUGGCAUUACAUCCUGGCAUAAACAACCAUAUGAGCAACAACCACCAUAUGGCUAAUCGAGGGGCUUUAAGUGGCUCAGCACAGGCUGCUUUAGCACUGACUAACUACCAGAAUCUACUCAUGAGGCAAAACUCAAUGACUUCAAAUUCGAGCUCGCUUCAACAAGAGGCUGCUUCAUCUUUUAAUAAUUCUAAUCAGAACCCAUCUUCGAAUUUCCAAGGACCUGGUGCAUUUGUAGCAGGAUCCUUGCAGAACUUACCUGUAAGUGGUUUUUCAAGUCCUCAAAUUCCUCCACAACAGCCGCAGCAGCAACGAAGCUUAAGUAGUAAUGGCUUGCUGCAACAGAACCAUCCACAGUCCUCUCCUAGCAACCAAGCGUCACAACAGCAGAUGAUCCAACAACUGCUUCAGGAGAUGUCUAAUAAUAGUGGGGGAGGAGUGCAGCAGCAUUCUCUUUCUGGACAAAAUCAAAAUGGGAAUAUGGCAAGAAAUGGAGUAGGUUUUCGAAGUAACUCUUCAGAUGCACCUACUCCUGCUCCUACUGUGUCAGGAAGUGUUGCAGGACCUGCACCAAGCAGGAGCAACAGUUUUAAAGCUGCUUCAAACAGUGAUUCUUCUGCAGCUGGUGGUAAUAGUAAUUUUAACCAGAAAGUGCAGGAGUUGCCUCAUAAUCUUCAUUUGCAGGAUGACAUUGUUCCAGAUAUUGCUCACGAGUUCACUGAAAAUGGAUUUUUUAACAGUGACCUUGAUGAUAAUAUGGGUUAUGGUUGGAAGGCAUGACUAACAUGGCAUGGCCCAUUUUUCACUAUCAUUGGGUGAAAUUGGGCAUUAUAUAUUUGUACAGAAUAUCAAAUAGCUGCUUUACCCCACCCUUGCUUUUCUAAUUGUCGAAUUUGUGGUGACAUCAGGCACUUGUAUUUCUGUAGGUAUUUUUAGCUUCUCUCUGUUUUUGUUGCUUUUCACAUCCUCCCUUUUCUUUCUUCUUUGAGGGCUUUCUGUGAAGUCUUGCAAGUGUAAUCUAUCGGACGAAAACUGGAACAACUAAUAUCAUAUUUUAAUGAGUUCUGCAAUAUGGAAUUUUUUGUCA